AUGACGAGCAAACGCAAAGUGACAGAGAUUGAUGAUUUCCAACCUCUCAUUGAGAUCGACGAUGAUGGUAAACACCUUCCAGUAGUCGACUUGGACUGCAAGCAGGUUCGACAGGAAAUUCAGAAUUCUAUUAGCUCGGUCGCAUUCUUCAAGAAAAGAGACCUAAAAAGGUCCAUGGCACCAGUCUCAACAUCCCCUCCUUUACUACCACAUUCCGUUUCAUCACCAUCGAGUCCCAUCCCAUUACCACGGACUGCCAUGCACUCACCUCCUACGAAGAAGAAGAGACUCAGCGAGGCGGCAAGACCGUAUGAUGUCUCAGGUAUUGAACUCCAAGGAGAAGAAACAGAAUCAGUUCCAAUCUACGACUCGUGCCACGAAAUCCGCAAGAAACUCAAGGUGUUCCUUCGAAACGUAUCAUCCAACGAAUCUGCAUUGUCGCGAAAUCGCCAAAACAAAGAUCCACAUGGCAAUCAAAGUCCUGCUUAUUAUGCUGCUUAUGUCUUCGAGAAAACUCGUACUCGUGAUGGUAAACCAAAGAGUCAGGAUCGUGAAAACUCGGAAAAGAUUUGGCCCCGGAGAGUGAAUAUCCCAAGUCGAUGUCACGUAUAUAUGGACCAAAUUUCAGCGGGGGAUGUUGAGAAAAGGACGUUUGAUAACAUAGGGAAGAAAUCAGAUCUUGGAAAUACUGCUGUCGAUCGUGUGCACUGUCAUCGAGGUUUAUAG